AUGUUGGACCAACCAGUACAGAGUUUAAUAGACAGAGUGCCUAAUCUUUCUCGGGAAUUGAAAAAGUCUAUAGAUAUGGAGAAUAAACUUUUCACAGUUCUAUCUUACGAUCCCGUUUUGGUCGAUCCGCGACUAUAUCUCCAUUUCUACGAUCCAUCGGUAGGGAUACCAGUCAAAAAGCUAUUAUUAGAAAGGCUUUUGUAUCAUCAACAGUAUUCUGUGUGUUGGCAUCUAUUCACUGGAAACACAUUGGAUGAUUUAGAUGUAUUUUUAGAAACGACGCAAAACUUUUUAAGAAAACAGAGGAAUGAUUUUGCAAUAAUAGACCUUAUUCUCAGUUUACCUGAAAUGGGAGAAAAUGAAACCUACAAGACGCUGGUUUUGGACGCACUGACGCAUGUAUUUGGUGUUGAUGUGCGUCAAAUACUACGGAAAUACCACGAAAUUGAUGAAUUACGAAACCUUGACGAUAUACUUGCAUACUCCAGUAAUGAAUUUACUUCAACCGUUUUAUGCUUGAAGCGAGCCAUGAAAGCCUUGUACUAUGAAGGAACUACAAGUCAGCAAGUUCAAGACAUUUUGUUGCAGCAUCCCAAUAUUACGAUACGACCAGGAUGGAUUAGUUCCAUUUUGCCAAAGUUUGAGUUUUGGUCAUGCAUGAUAUUUUCCAAACUACCGCAAAAUAUAGCACCCUUUACAGAUGCAGUUAAAGUGGUUUUAUCAAAAGGAGUUCGUUUGAGUGAUAUGGACACGCUAUACAUGCUUCAUUCUGAUGUAGCACCGUUUUCCAUUUUCCUGGUCUACAAGUUAUCACCCAUGCAAAAACUGAUUCUAAAUUAUUUGGUUAAAGUUUUGGUAAUCAAGUCUAAUCACGAAGAAUUAAAGGCUGCUUAUUUGACAACCAGAAAACAACUUGAACUACCGGUAGUGCUUGCAUGUGUCUCAAAAUUGCUUGAGAAUGAACCCUCUGUACUACCAAUGAUCAAGCAAUUUGAAAAAUCAAAAAGGGAAAAGAUUGUUAUGGGUCUCAAGUAUCAUAAUUCUUCGCAAUUUUUGGAACUAAUCGUAUACUUUAAUAACAACCAAAAGAUUGCGCGGUACCUAAUCAGCACAUUUACGAAAUCCCCUUAUGCAAGCACUGAAAAUUUAAUCUUAUUAGUAUCAUCCAAUAUCAAUUCCAAAAGAACACUACUUGAAAUCUUUCGAUCCACUUUACUUCGAGCAAGAAUUAUUGACAAUAAUUUUAUAUCAGCCGCAUUGAACGCCGUUUUGGAAAAAACUAUUCCCAAUAAAGGUGGAUUUGCAAAGUCCUACGACAUCCUCAAUCACAAGGAAAAGACAUUUAUGCAUAACUCAUUUAGGUCCGUAGGACAAACCGUAUCCCUUUUAAGCGAUGCUGACUUGGCACUUGCAUUGGAUGGAAUAUACCACGCCCUACACCACGAUACAUUUUAUUACAAAAAUGAUAAAGCCGCCCAGGCAUAUUUAUUCAAGUCAUUAUCUAAUGAAAUCUUUAGGUUCGUGCUACGGAGAGACGAUCGCGUAAGGACACUUCAAAACACAAUGGGCCACAUGACCACAUCUACGUACUGGAUAAAGUAUUGGCUUAUCUAUGCAAUGGUGCUUGACGAUUUUUCCAAUGCCAUCAAACUUUUAAAAUUUUACAAGAAGUCAAAACGUGAAUUAACCCAGUUUUUCCCGGCAAUAAUAUUAGGCAUUAUACAAUCUACUCAAAUGGACAUCAAUAAUAAGGUAAAAUAUCUCGAUUACUUUCUUAAACAAGCCAAGAUUCAUCAGUACGAAAAUGUCUUGAAAGUGAAACCAGCAAUGGAAAUCAUCCGCCACUUUCAAAAAGCCGCCAAAGAAGAGAAAUUGAACAACGAGUCUGUUCAAUGGAUUGCCGAGUUAAGUCAGAAGAACCGUCAUUUGAGGAGAGCUAUUGCAGUUACUCAAAAAAAUCGAAAUGAGUAG